AUGUGCAGCAAGUGCGGUAGAAGUAAAGAUGAGGGUGUUUGGCGAUACACUUUGAAAAUGAAAGUCAGACAUGGGACAACUUUUGCAGAUGUAAUGUUCUGGGAUGAGGAGGCCCGGCUACUACUUGGAAAGGCUGCAGGAGAUUUUUACGAACACCUCGAUGUGGCAACACUUAGACCUAUCAGCUGCCCUGAAGUCAUAUCUGAAUUGAUCGGACGCGAAUAUCUAUUCAAAAUCAAGUCUGCCAACACAAACUCCAACUAUGGUGAACAGGUUUAUGUAAUAGGCAUGAUAUCGAGCGAUAAAGAAAAAAUAAAACAGUUCAAGAUGGCAGCAGGCAAUGAAGGAACGAGUUCUGAGGCGUACAAUUCUGAUGAAGACUUGGAAUUGCUUUUUGAAUCUGUGCCGACAGGGGACUCCAAUGUGGUUAUUUCAGACACUGAAACUGAUGAGAAAGGAACUCCAAAAUCAAUUGGACGCGGCCGAGAAUCGGAUGAAGCAGUCACUGGUGAUGUCAACGGCGAAACACAGGGCUCAAGCAACAAGAAACUUAAG